AUGACAGAACACAUCUCCAUCGAGUCCUCUAAUUCGGUAGUUGAUACCACGUUCGCCGACGAAGAUCUCAUGUUCACAUCUGAUUCCAUCUUCAAUGGGGACUUUGAGUAUGACUUUUCCCAGUUCGACUCAAGCGCCGGAUUGCCUUCGUUCGAUACUGUUGCACCUGUGCCACAGGUUGACAACCAGGUUGACACAGCGCUGUUAGCGCCAGAGUCGUAUACAUCCGACACUCAGAUGCUCGAAACAUUGACAGCUUUCUUGCAGGAGAAUGACAAUGGUGAAGGAGUUCCAUCAGCUGACAACAACAUGGUAUAUUCUGAACCCUAUCAGCCUGCUGCCAUGUCUGACUUGAUCCCAGCACCUUUGUUCGGAGCUUCAGCUGCCUCAUCUCCUCUAUUUAACGGCGCUGUCCCAGUCCACGGGGCUCCGCAGUAUCCUCCCCCUGGUUACUCGCUCAUGUGGUGUCCUGCGCCUCUAUUUUCAGGACCUCCGAGAUCCCUUCAGAACAACGGGGUGACUCCAGAGCAAUACGACACCAAAUUGGCUCCUAUGCCCUUGUAUGCGACGCCCAAUCAAGCGUAUCCUCUUCCAGCGGCAGUGACUCAGCCUGUAUCCUCCUCCUCCAUGCCAGCCCCAACAUUCUCUCUGCCAGAUUUCAACUUCAACCCAGUUGACUUUAUCGAUGGUACCGACGCGUCGGAACCUGCUGAUGUUUUGAAGUCUUUUCAACCCCUCAGCAGUCUUUCUGCCGAGUAUGGUAGCAUCAAUCCUGCUGCGAUCUUGAGUCCAGCACAGGAGGCAGAGAUGGUGGAGAAGCGUAAGCUCAAGGAGAAAAUCCGACGUAUGCGAGCAGGUUUGAAUCCAGUUCCUGAUCCAGCCCGGCAAGAAGAAGAAGAGCGUAUCAUGCUUGCCCAUGAUGUUGCCUUCUACGAAAAUAGACGACUGGAACGACGAGCUAAAGAGGAGAGACGACGACGACGAGCACGACAAGACCGAUAUCGAUCAGCCAGUCCGGGGAGCAGCUAUGACGAGACUCUAUUGACUCCCGUCACCUCCCAUCCUGUUGUCCCAGUCCUGGUCCCGAACCAUCUGUCUCUUAACUAUGCUGCCGGUUUCUCGGCUGGUGCAUCAGCGGCAUGGCUGGUUCUGGUUCCAUCGACCAAGAAAGGGCGCCCAGCACACCGCCUGCCUCAGGGCUAUCAGAAUCUCCAUGGCAAGUAUUUACGCAACGGCGAAGAACGCUGCAGGAGAGGGUCUAAACGGUAA